UCCUCGCCGGAGCCGUCCGAGGUCACGCGGGACGGUGGGCUGCACGGGGUACGGGAGGGACGGUGGCCUUCGACCGUCACCCGAGUUACUGACCUGGAACUCAUGAUGAGAAGAAGACUACUUUCUUCGAACUGGUAAAAUAAUGAAAUGAGGAAUCUGAACGUUUUAUUUUUAGAUGGGAAUCUUCUAAGGAUGAAAAGAGCAACUAAUCCAAGCCAUGUGGUAAAAUCAGGAAUUUGAAGAAAAUGGAAACGUUUACAUUUUUGUUGGUGUGUAUUUUUCUACCCCUUAUAAGAGGGCACAGUCUCUUCACCUGUGAACCAAUUACUGUACCCAGAUGUAUGAAAAUGGCCUACAACAUGACAUUUUUCCCUAAUCUGAUGGAUCAUUAUGACCAGAGUACAGCUGCUGUGGAAAUGGAGCAUUUUCUUCCUCUCGCAAAUCUGCAAUGUUCUCCAAAUGUUGAAACUUUCCUUUGCAAAGCUUUUGUACCAUCCUGCACAGAGCAAAUCCAGGUGGUUCCACCUUGUCGUAAAUUUUGUGAGAAAGUAUAUUCUGACUGUAAAAAAUUAAUUGACACUUUUGGGAUCCGAUGGCCUGAAGAACUUGAAUGUGACAGAUUACAAUACUGUGAUGAGAAUGUUCCUGUAACUUUGGAUCCACACAGAGAGUUUCUUGGUCCUCAAAAGAAAACAGAGCAAGUCCAAAGAGACAUUGGAUUUUGGUGUCCAAGGCAUCUUAAGACUUCUGGGGGACAAGGCUAUAAGUUUCUGGGAAUUGACCAGUGUGCACCUCCUUGCCCUAACAUGUAUUUUAAAAGCGAUGAGCUAGAAUUUGCAAAGAGUUUUAUUGGGAUUGUUUCAAUCUUUUGUCUUUGUGCAACUCUGUUUACAUUCCUUACUUUUUUAAUUGAUGUUAAAAGAUUCAGAUACCCAGAAAGACCAAUUAUCUAUUAUUCUGUCUGUUACAGCAUCGUAUCUCUUAUGUACUUUAUUGGGUUUUUGCUGGGCAAUAGCACAGCUUGCAAUAAGGCAGAAGAGAAGCCAGAACUUGGUGACACAGUUGUUCUAGGUUCUCAGAAUAAGGCCUGCACAGUUUUGUUUAUGUUUUUGUAUUUUUUCACAAUGGCUGGCACUGUAUGGUGGGUGAUUCUGACCAUUACUUGGUUCUUAGCUGCAGGAAGAAAAUGGAGUUGUGAAGCCAUUGAACAAAAAGCCGUGUGGUUUCAUGCUGUUGCAUGGGGAAUACCUGGUUUUCUGACUGUUAUGCUUCUUGCUAUGAACAAAGUUGAGGGAGAUAACAUUAGUGGGGUUUGCUUUGUUGGUCUUUAUGACCUGGAUGCUUCUCGCUAUUUUGUUCUCUUGCCACUGUGCCUUUGUGUGUUUGUUGGGCUGUCUCUCCUCUUAGCUGGUAUUAUUUCCUUAAAUCACGUUCGACAAGUGAUACAACAUGAUGGCCGGAAUCAAGAGAAACUAAAGAAAUUUAUGAUUCGAAUUGGAGUCUUCAGUGGCCUGUAUCUUGUGCCAUUAGUGACACUUCUUGGAUGUUACGUCUAUGAGCAGGUGAACCGAAUUACCUGGGAGAUAACUUGGGUCUCUGAUCAUUGUCGUCAGUUCCAUAUCCCAUGUCCUUAUCAGGCAAAAACAAACGCAAGACCAGAACUGGCUUUAUUUAUGAUAAAGUACCUGAUGACAUUAAUUGUUGGCAUCUCUGCAGUCUUCUGGGUUGGAAGCAAAAAGACAUGCACAGAGUGGGCUGGGUUUUUCAAACGAAAUCGCAAGAGAGAUCCAAUCAGUGAAAGUCGAAGAGUACUACAGGAGUCAUGUGAGUUUUUCUUAAAGCAUAAUUCCAAAGUUAAACACAAGAAGAAGCACUACAAACCAAGUUCACAUAAGCUCAAGGUUAUUUCCAAAUCCAUGGGGACCAGCACAGGCGCCACAGCCAAUCACGGCACUUCUGCCGUAGCCAUCACUGACCAUGAUUACCUAGGCCAGGAAACUUUGACAGAAAUCCAAACCUCUCCAGAAACAUCAGUGAGAGAGGUGAGAGCAGAUGGAACCAGCACCCCCAAAUUCAGAGAACAGGACCGUGGGGAACCGGCCUCUCCAACAGCAUCCAGCUCCAAACUCUCCGGGGAACAGGCCGAUGGGAAAGGUCAGACCACCAGUGAGAACGAUAAGAACAGUGUGUGUGGAAGUGCACGGAGAGAAGGGAGGCUAAGUCCAAAGAGUGAUACUACUGAAACCAGCCCAGGGCGGAGCAACAAUUUGCAGGUCCCCAGUUCAUCAAACCCAAGCAGCCUCAAAGGUUCUACAGCUCUGCUUGUUCACUCCGUUUCAGAAGUUCAAAAAGAACAGGGUGCUGGCAGUCAUUCGGAUACUUGAAAAACCUUUAUCCUGUUACUUAGAAGCAAAUUUAUGUUACAUUGAAGGUGACAUAUGCACUGUCUUAGAAGCACUGUCUUAGGGGAAUCACCAUUAUGUUCUUUUGCACUUAAAGCUGCAAUAUCUACUGCUAUACUGGAAAGAAAUGGAUUUCAAUAAUAUGAUUCAUUUCACAUAAGGGUUAAUGACAACAGUAUACCUGAAAAACAGUAGUGUACAGGUUAAUAAUAUGUUUUCAUUUGUGUGGGAGUAGGGGGUUACAAGAAUCUUCCUUCUUAUUUAUGAAGAUUCUAUUCUUGUUAAAAGUAUUUUAAUAUGUACUAUUUCACUUUUUUGAUAGAAGAUCAAGAGUUUUCUUUACUGAAGUAUUUAAAACUUAUCCGUGUAUCCUUUUUAUAUAUAUAUUUGAAAAUAAUCGUAUAUGUAUUUGAACUGUUAGAAAUUCAGGAAAAUUUAUUCAAAUAUUUUAUUAUGUUCUGAUAUUUUAAUACUACUUUGGUAGCUUUUACACUGAAUUUCUAAGAAAAUUGGGGAACAGUAUUCUUUUAUAGUAUUAAAAAUAGUUGACACAAGAAAAGGUUUAAUCAUGGAAAUUCCAUUUUAAAAAACACUUCCACCAUAACACUUUAAGUGUGCAGAUUUGAUAAAGUAUCAUUGUUCUAGGAAUUUCACAGGUCUGUUAUGGAACUAAAAUAAGGUGCUUACUUAGAGUGUCCAGUGC